AUGGAGGAGGAGGAGGCCGCCGGCGUGAGGAAGCGGAAGCGCGGCGGGGAGGCCGUGGCCCUGGUGUCCGGCGGGGAGGCGGGGCUCGUCGAGGGAGGUGGUGGCUUCUCCUGGAAGGAGGCGGAGAUGGAGGAGGGGGAGGGGGAGGAGUACGAGGGCAUCGCGGAGGAGUCGGUGGAGGAGGUGAUGCGGUGGCUGGAGCUGGAGAUCUCCUCCUCGCCGGGGAAGCCCGGCGGCGGCGACGACGGGUUCGUGACCAUCAACGGCAACGAGGAGAGCUGCGGCCCGUCCUUCUCCGCCGCGGCGUCCACCGUCAUGGCCUCCGUGGACACGCGCGCGGGCGCCCCGCCGCCCCCGACGGCCAUCCCCUGGCCGUGGCCCGAGCCCAACAACGACACCACCAAGCCGGCGGCGGCGGACGGCAACGACGACGACGCGGACAUGGCGGAGCUCGUCGACGAGGAGUGGCUGGUGGAGCUGCUGACCGGCGGCGGGCCCGCGCUGGAGGUAGAGUAG